GUACCACGUGGAGACAAUGACUACGUCUUGCCCUACACCGUCAUCGUCCUCCUCAUCAUACUCGGCGCGCUCUGUCUCGUCAUCUGCGGAUACGCCAUCCAUCGCACGUUUGGCUUCGGGGAUGAAGGACACGAUUUCCAGCACAUCUCUGCGGAACAGGCUACCUAUAUGGCGGAAGUGAGGAUUAGGAACAUGAAUACCCUCGCGUAUGAGGGAAGGAGGAGUCAA